AUGCCGUGGCAGCUACGACGUCCGGGUUUCCCAUUAUCGACAAGCCGGGCCAAGGAGGAACGACAGGUGUUUGGGAUGGACAGGUCCUUGGGAAGAGUACAACCUGCCGGCGAGCGCCCACGGCUCCAAUUAGACGGCGCAACUCUCGGUCAACUUGUGAGGGCGCAUGGAGAACCCCGCUCCUCUCGGCCAGCAAUUCCACAGUCCGCCCCCAUCCCACUCUUCCUAUUCCCCUCCCGCAACCCGGCCGCUGUAUCCAGACCAAACUCGCAAAACCCCCAUCCCAGAGCUACAACCUAG